GUUUAUGGCAAAGUUUCAACCUAAGAAGAACAAAAAGCAAAAUUCAAAGAAAAAGUACACAAUUGAGCAGAAGAACAAAGGUUUACGGAAGAAGCAAGCCAAGCUUGCACGGGAGGCUAAAAAAUCAAAAGCAAAGCCUAAUUUUAAAGACCCAGGAAUCCCAAAUCUAUUCCAGUUUAAAAAGAAAAUGAUCCAACAAAUGGAGAACAAGGAAAGACUGGAGGGUGAUAAUAAGACAAUGGCUCAGCAGCUGAGGAAAAAGCUUAAUAAGAAGAGCUCGGAAGGAUUCGUUGGUAACGUCCAAGAACCCAAAGAUGAACUUGAGAGUUACAUGAAAAAUAUCAAUAGCAAGAUCAUUAGGUUCAGCGAAGAAGGCAAGUAUGAAGAAUUAGAGGAGUCAAAGGAUCUAGCAGCUAAUGAUAAGACUCUAAACCAAUCCAGAAAAGCCUUCAUUAAGGAUCUCAAGAGUGUGGUCGAGCAAGCAGAUGUAGUUAUCGAGAUACUCGAUGCCAGAGAUCCUCAAGGCUGUAGAAAUUUAGAAAUGGAAAGCACUGUCCUUUCACAAAACAAGAAAUUAGUUCUGGUUAUGAACAAAGCUGAUCUUAUUCCACCUGAAAAUGCUAGGGAUUGGCUUAGAGUACUGAGAGAUGAGCAUCCUACUUAUUUAUUCAAGUCAAGCACUCAGUCUCAGAGGAAUAAUCUUUCGGGUAACAUCUCUUUACAUAAGUCAAGUUUAACAGACAGAAAAGAACUGGUAGAGAAAUUAAUGAGUGGGUCUAAAGCAGUAGGAAAUGAAGAAAUUAUCCAAAUUCUUAAAAAUUAUUGAAGAAAUGAUACAAGUGAGAGGAAGCAGAAGCACUCCAUUGUGGUUGGAGUUAUAGGAUUCCCUAAUGUUGGAAAGAGCUCCUUCAUCAACAGUCUUAAAAGAUCCAGGGUCGCAGGAACUGGAAACACUCCUGGGUUCACAAAGGGAAUUCAAGAAAUUUAUCUUGAUAAAGACAUUGUCCUUCUCGAUUCUCCUGGAGUAGUGCUUUCUAAAGAUAAUGCAGAUUCUUUGAUUCUCAGAAAUGUCAUCAAGGUUGAAGACCUUGAUGAUCCUGUGACUCCGGUAGAAGCAUUGGUAGAAAAAGUCAGCAGAAAAUCAAUAUUGAGAGAGUACGACAUUCCAGAUUUUAGAACAGUGAAUGAAUUCUUAGCCUCUAUUGCAAGAAAAAGUGGGAAGCUUAUUAAAGGAGGUAUUCCAGACAUCAAAAACGCUGCUAAAAUGAUCCUCAGGGAUUGGAAUAACGGUAAAAUUCCAUACUACACUCCUGUUGGUGGCAAUAUCAUAGAGGAAAAUGAAGAGGAGGAUAUGGAGCAAUAG